UGAGCACCUCACACCCUCACUCACUCACUCACCCACUCACUCACUCACCCCUGCCCAGCUCACCGCCCGCCACGGCCGCCUCCACCAUGUCCGUUUGCUCCAGCAACCUGAGCUACGGCAGCAACGUCUGCAUGCCCGGCUCCUGUGACCCCUGCCCCGACUCCUGGCAGGUGGACGACUGCCCAGAGAGCUGCUGCGAGCCCCCCUGCUGCGCCCCCAGCUGCUGCGCCCCAGCCCCCUCCGUGACCCUCGUCUGCACCCCAGGGAGCUGCCAGUCAGCGUGCACCAGCUCCUGCACGCCCCUGUGCUGCCAGCAGUCUAGCUGCCAGCCCUCGUGCUGCUCCUCCAACCCCUGUCAGCAGCCCAGCUGUGUGACCCUCUGCUGCAAGCCUGUGAGCUGUGUGCCUGUCUCCUGUGUGCCCGUCUGCUCUGGGCCCUCCUCUUCAUGCUGCCAGCAGUCUAGCUGCCAGCCCUCGUGCAGCUCCUCCAACCCCUGCCAGCAGCCCAGCUGUGUGACCCUCUGCUGCAAGCCCGUGAGCUGUGUGCCCGUCUCCUGUGUGCCCGUCUGCUCUGGGAGCUCCUCCCCCUGCUGCCAGCAGUCUAGCUGCCAGUCCUCGUGCUGCUCCUCCCCCUGCCAGCAGCCCAGCUAUGUGACCCUCUGCUGCAAGCCCGUGAGCUGUGUGCCCGUCUGCUCUGGGGACUCCUCCCCCUGCUGCCAGCCGUCCUGCAGCCCCUCCCCCUGCCAGCAGCCCAGCCGUGUGACCCUCUGCUGCAAGCCCCUGAGCUGUGUGCCCGUCUGCCCACGCCCCUCGUGCUGCCAGCCCAGCCCCUGCCCCUCGUCCUGCUGCAGACCCUCCUCCUGCGUGUCCCUGCUCUGCCGCCCCGUGUGCAGGCCCGCCUGCUGCGUGCCCGCCCCCUCCUGCCAGCCCAGCUGCUGCCGCCCGGCCUCCUGUGUGUCCCUGCUCUGCCGCCCCGCCUGCUCCCGCCCCGCCUGCUGCGGCCUCUCCUCCGGACAGUCCUGCUGCUGAGCAGCAUGUCCUACCCUCCAAUGUUGUCUCGGGCAGACUCUCAUAUUCACCUGAAAUCCUUGGCACCCUAAGCUGUAUCUGGGAUGUCGUUGUCUCAUAAGCUCCCUGCCCCGCCCCAUGCCCUGCAUCCUCGUGGGCAGUCUGGUGCUGUGCUGGUUCUGAGUGCAGCUGAUGCGUGCGUCUGCCAACCCCUCAUUGACACACCAGCUAGAUGUGUGCUGCCCCAUGGGAGUGACCUGUCUGACCUGCUCGUUAACAAAUAAAGCUGCCUGUGCUCCUCCAA